AUGUUUGUUCCUUUAACAUCAGAGAUCAAGAAAACCGCAGGAGCUUUCGCUGAAGGUGGUUGGGUUGGUGCUGCUUAUUACCUCCUCUGGUAUAUGCUUGCAAGCCACAUAACUGGCGCUUUCUGGUACAUGUUCUCAGUGGAACGUAAGGAUACAUGCUUGAGAUCGGCUUGUAAAGUCGAAAUCUUCUUUUCGCGCUUCUUAUCGGGAAUAUGCAGACUUGCCUUCAAUCACUUACGGUUCAUUUAG